CUUGGUUCGUGUUAUUUGUGUACCAGAAUGCCCGAGAUAUGUAUAUUUUUUGUGGCGGAAAUGAACUUCCUGGGUACACGGAAGCAGUUGGCGCUCGGUUGGCAUUGAGCCCGCCUCGUGAGGCAAAUGCACCGAGUUUCACGGAACGAAAGUUUGACGAAAGUGUGCGACCGACCAGUAACUCUGAUAUCGCUUCAAGGAGUGCAUCAUAUGCUUGGCCUCUGGGACAUACCGUGUAAGAAGAAGAUGAAGUUUCCAUAGAAUGCCAAUAAAUACGCGAACAGAAAGACUCUCUAAUCGGUGGGAGCUGUGAAGGUCUUUGUAGUAGAAAUCCCAUUGGUUGAAGAGGCCAGAGCCUGAAGUGGAUUCAUGUGCUGAUGCUUUCGCCAGUUCGCAUUGUGCCGUGAUGUGAGUAAGGCAAUAAUGGUUUGGAUUUGUGAGAAGUAUGUUAUUUUAUGUAAACUGAUGACAUAGGGAGAAAUUUGACAACAGAUCGUAAGAUGCCAGUAGAGACUGAGAAAGUGGACGAUGAAAAUCCAGAUUCUUUUAAUAUCAGUGAAGAAAUAAUACACAGGCCUGAUGUAGUGCCUCAAGUAAAACCACGAUGGAAGGACGCAGUGCCUCAGGUACUGGCAAGCUGUGUGGCACACAGUAUUGUGAUACAGGCUGGGGUGAGCAUGGCGUACUCGGCCGUAUUGCUGCCGCAGCUGACGGAGCCUGAUAGCAUUCUGACGGCCACGAAAGAUCAGAGCUCGUGGAUUGCAAGCUUGGUGACCAUCGGCACGCUCAUCGGCUCCCUGGUAACGGGGCCCCUCAUGGAUCGACUGGGACGCAAGACGACGUGUCAGCUGAGCUGUGUGCCGCUGGUUGUGGCGUGGAUCCUGGUGUGUCUGGCGCAGAGCGUCGGAAUGCUCUAUAUCGGACGACUUUUGGCAGGGGUGGGUGGGGGUUUGUCCACAGUGGCUCUAGUGUACGUUUCUGAAGUAGCGAAUCCGAAAAUCCGUCCCAUGCUGUUAUGCCUCAACAGCGUGUUUGUGUCUUUUGGUAUCCUACUCACUUGUGUCCUGGCACAGUGGUUUUCUUGGAGGGGGAUGGCAGUGUGGUUUAUGGUCCUGGCCGCCUUCAGUUUUAUGAUUCUGUGGCUAGUACCCGAGAGCCCCCACUGGCUGGCUUCCUACAGAGGGAAGAAGGGACACUCUCUAGAGGCAGCAGUAAGAUGGCUGAACAGACAUCCACAGCGUUACCAAGAGGAAAUGAAUACACUAAUGGAAGCAGCACAACAGACUCGGAAUAGGAGGAAUGAAGGUCGAGGGCUUAAAUUUCUCUCAAACUCCAUAUUUGUGCCUUCGACACUAAAACCGGUUGUCAUACUGCUCUUCAUUUUCCUGUUCCAACAGUUAUCAGGAGGUUAUGUUGUCAUAUUCUAUGCUGUCAAUGUUUUCAAGGUUGUUGGGGGAAACUUUGGAUCAGGUUUUGAUGAGUACGACACGCUCGUGUUCCUGGGACUGAUAAGGUUUGUAAUGAGCAUCAUUGCAGCUGUAGCUUCUCAUAGAUUUGGACGUCGACCUUUGAGUAUGUUGUCGGGACUGGGAAUGUGCAUUACAACGUUAAUUGUAGGUAUUUACCUGCACAUAGAGCCUGUUGAAUACACAGGAGGAUUUCUGAACUCAGAAAACAGAACAGAAACUGUGGUGACUACAGAGGGGGAACACUGGACGUGUGUAGUGUGCGUGUUGUUAUACGUUUGCUUUUGUUCUCUGGGGGUGCUCGUGAUUCCAUGGACCCUGAUAGGAGAACUCCUGCCAAUAAAAAUCCGCGGGAUUGGCGGCGGUUUCAUGGUCGGAAUUGCUUACAUCUUGAUGUUCGGUGUCGUGAAAAGUUUUCCUUUCGUGUUGGAUGUUACUGGAGCUGGAGGAAUUUUCUUUUUUUUCAGUGUUAUGUCAUUGGCUGGUGUUGCAUUUGUUUAUAUUUUCUUACCCGAAACACUGGGGAAAACUCUGCAAGAAAUAGAAUCUUAUUUCAAGUAAUUAUAUUUUUCUUCAGUUGUUAUAUUACUGUAAUUCUUGUUUCAGCAGUGACAGAGCUGCCCAGUUGAGAUCGUAAAAUUCUGUGGAUCGCACAGACAUAACGUCAUAUGCUCUGUUCAGCUUUUUGUAUGUACAGUAACAAGAGAUUUGAUACACAGUAUGUCUCUCAAGCUGAAGUAGAGGAAGUUAUAUUCAUUGAAGGCAGGUUUCUGAUAAUAUAGAAUUACAUUCCUUUAUCUCUCAUCUUGAUAAUUUUUUAUGGAUUUUUAUAAAUAUAAAUAUGCCUACUAAAAUAAAUAUUCUAUUAUUCACAUGGCGUUACCGCCACGGGGAAAUGGUCAAUUGUGUGUUGAACUCUUAAUUUUAUUGAAUUAUUUGAAGAGUUAUGCCAAAGGGACUGGAAUUGUAUUUAAUAGUUCCAGUAAUUUCACAUUAAUAUUUGUAUAGAAUUUCUGAAAUUUCUUUAGGGACACUGGAACAUUCUGCAAAAAUAUGGCAACUUUCUGGAAAGUUUGAGAAACCAGGUUAGUGUAGUGCAGAAAUACAUUUUUCUGAUCAACAACGUAACAAUAAUCAUGGACUCUUACAAAUCAUUUGGAAUAAAAGUGAUUGUUUUCAAGGAUUCUGUCAUUUGGAAAAGAAAGUUCAAAAUUGUAGUGACUGUUUUGGGUUAUGAAAUUUUUAAAUGAGGAAGAAUUUUUUUCUGCAGACUGUUAGUGACAUAAAUGCAUCUAUAAAAAAAAAAAAUCUUUAAAUGAUAAACACUGCUUUUGGAUUGUGAAAUAUUCUUGAUUAAUUUAUAAGCCUGUAUUCUAGUCCUGUCAGAUACGACGUUGAAUCAUUUUGACCUUUUACAAAAGUGUUUUCCAUGCCUAUGUUCUAGUGUACAAGAACAAAGUAUCUUGAAUUAGUGUACAUGUAAACUUAACCCCUAUGGCCCCUUACUGUAAGCAGAAUUUCGUGGUGAACAGAAAGAUUUUAUCAUUUGGUACUGAUACUGAUCUAGGGAGGGAUCAUUUACUGGCAGUGCAUUAUAAUUAUUAAAUAAAAAUUAAGCUAAUCAUGGUUUUAUUUUUAGUUAUUAAAUAUACAGUGCAGAAUACAAACAAUGCAUUGUGAGAGAUGUCUUUAA